CAAGAAGGAGGACAUAUCACACCGGUCUUUCCAGUCAACCAGAACACUAGAGCAUCCAGUGGAAAAAGAAAAGGCUGUUACAGAUAGAUGAAAAGGAGCAAGGACAAUUCAAACCAUGAAAACAAUGACCAGUCUUAAGUCACUGUGGGUGCUGCUGUUCAUAGUUAUCUUCUGGGUCUCGUUCACAGUUUUCAGAAACCCAUGGAAGAUAUGGGUUCAGUUCAAGUUGCCUGUGCCCUUGAGUCGCUGGAAUUUGGUCACAACAUCCUCAUGCCCUACAGUGCCUCUGAACCUACCGGUUUCUCCAAAAGGGACAGAGCUGAGAGUCAGGGAGGUCCUAGAGAAACUAGACCAACAGAUCCCUCCCAGGCCUUUUACCCACCUCAACACCACCACCAGUGCCACACACAGCACAGCCACCAUCCUCAACCCUCGAGACACACACUGCGUGGGGGACAAGCUGGAUGUGCUGUUGGAAGCCAGGGACCACCUGGGACACAGGAAGGAGUAUGGUGGAGACUUCCUGAGGGCCAGGAUGUCCUCCCCAGCCCUGAAGGCAGGAGCUUCUGGAAAGGUGACAGACUUCAACAAUGGCACCUACCUGAUCAGCUUCACUCUGUUCUGGGAGGGCCCGGUGGCCCUGUCUGUCCUGCUCAUCCAUCCCAGUGAAGGGGUGUCAGCUCUCUGGAGAGCAAGGAAACAGGGCUAUGAUAGAAUCAUCUUCACUGGCCGGUUUGUAAAUGGAACCUCUCAGGUCCACACUGAGUGUGCCUUGGUUCUAAACUCAAGUGUCGAGCUGUGCCAAUAUCUGGAUGCCCAGGAUCAAGAAGCGUUCUACUGUGUGAAGCCUCCAAAUGUACCCUGUGCAGCUCUUACCCACAUGCAUUCGAAGAACGUAAAAGUUUCCUAUCUUAGUCAGCAAGAGAGGAGCCUCUUUGAAAGGUCAAAUAUAGGUGUGGAGAUUAUGGGAAAAUCCAAUGUGAUUAGUGUCUCCAAAUGCAACAAAGAAGCUGUUCCAGCAAAAGAGAGAUGUAAGCUUGGGAAGGCAUCUGCAGUCCCCAGUGGGCACGUCUGGAAAAACACCUGGACUCCAGCCUCCUGUAGUUUGGCUCCGAUCAAAAUGAAGGACUGCCUGAGAGGAAAAUUCAUCCAUCUGAUGGGUGAUUCCACAAUCCGCCAGUGGAUGGAAUACUUCAAAAGCAGUAUCAACACACUGAGGUCUGUGGAUCUGCAUGAGACCGGAAAACUGCAACAGCAACUCGUGGUGGACUUGGAUGAAAACAUCAAAAUCCAGUGGACAAAACACAGUUACCCCUUUAUUACGUCAUUGGCCUACUCUGUCAAAGAGAUGGAGUACAUUGCACGGAUAAUUGACAGAACUGGAGGAGAGAAAAACACGGUCAUUGUCAUUUCUCUGGGUCAGCAUUUCAGACCUUUCCCCAUUGACCUUUUCAUCCGAAGGGCCCUCAAUGUCCACAAAGCUCUUCAGCGUCUUCUCCUGAGAAGCCCAGACACUAUGGUUGUCCUCAAAACAGAAAACAUCAGGGAGAUGAGCAGUGAUGUGGAAAGACUGGGUGACUUCUAUGGUUACACCCAGUACCUUGCCCUAAAAGAUAUUUUCCAGGAUCUCAAUGUGGGUGUCAUUGAUGCCUGGGAUAUGACAAUUGCAUAUGGCACAAAUGAUGUCCAUCCACCACAGCAUGUGGUUGGAAGUCAAAUUAAUAUAUUCUUAAAUUAUAUUUGCUAGCAAACA